AGUCCUGCACAAAAUCCCCAAAAUGCCGAGCAGUGACGGCUGGAGCUGCCCAAUCUGCCUGGGCCGCUUCGAGCGCCCCGUGCUCGUCUCCUGCUGCGGUCAGAGCUUCUGUCGCUCGUGUCUAGACGAUGCACUGCGUCAGGCGGAUGCGUGCCCAAUGUGUCGCUCUCCGUUGCUCUCGGGGCCAUUUUCCGUGACCUCAAACCGAGCACUCGAAGAUGCGCUGUCCGCCUUGUCUUCUUCCUCCCCACGAUGUUCUACAACCGAAAAACAAGCUGCAACAAGCUUCGUUGAUGCCGCUGAGAGAAAAUUGGCAACUAGAACGCGAGACUCUGAGCCAGAAGUGCAAAUAUCGGUGUCAAGCACUGUCGAAUCGGAUAACAGCGAAGCGCCUUUGAUUCAUGAAGAAGAAGUGCAAGAUCGUCGAGUCCAAGCAGGUUCUCGAUGGCGAGAAAGGCUGAAAUUGUGCAGGAUACGUGGUGUACAGUGUUAUCGAAUCCGAGCAGCUAGUGGGAGGAGGUGUGCGAGCAUUCGAUCGGCAGAGCUCCGACGACUACUGCGGCAAUGGCAGCUGUGGUGCAGAGUGAACUGGGCGUCGCUGCAGUGUGUAUUCUACGUGGUGCUCUUCUUCGUGUUUGUCUUUUUCCUUCGAGUACAAGAGGAGGAGUUCGCAGAGAACACUACACGCUUGCGACGCUCUAACUAACAGCGGGUUAGUACAUCUACAGCUUGUAACAAGUUGCUUUUGUAUUUCGGAUCUUUACUUGCUGUUGGCUCGAACCUCGUCGGCGAGUUUUUUCAAGUGUUCCAGCUUGUCUCCGCCAGCCACGCGGAUACUGACCCACUCCUCCAUGCGCGCGCCACCAAUACGCUCAUAAAACUUGAGCGCGCCUUCGUUCCAGCGCAGACACCACCAUUCCAACCGCCCCUUUCCUUCACUGAUACGUUGGGUUUCCUCUGCCAAUGCACCGAACAAGAGCGUCGCCAGUCCACGACGACGGAAUUCUGGUCGCACGU